AUGGACCUUCAGGAUGAGAAUCAACGGCGCAUUGCUGCCCUGUGCAAAAGUUUAGGCCAUUUAUGGUCAGAUGAUGAUGUGGUAGAAGUGCAACAAGAAGUCCCUCCUAACAAACGAAUUGAAUGCAGCCAUACUCUCUUCGGUAAGCUAUACUCGAAACCCAAUAUGAACUUUUUAGCAUUCAGUACCACUAUGAAGAAGGCGUGGAAAACAGAGGCUGUUGAGGUUAUACAAAAAGAACCGGGGCUCUUUUCCUUUGUAUUUGAAUCAGAGGAAGAUAAGGAGAGAGUUCUGAAGGCAGGACCUUGGUCCUUUAAUAGCAACUUAAUAGUGCUCAAGCAAUGUGAGCCAGAAAUCCCAGAACACUGUUAUGACUUUACUAAAUAUGACUUUUGGGUGCGCAUUAUUGGUUUACCCCCGGGAUGGCUUAUCGAAGAAGUCUUUGCUGAAGUUGCUGGAAAAGUGGGAGUGGUCAAGGAAAUACAGCUACAAUCUAGAGGAAUUGGUCCCUACAAAACUGGUAAAGUCAAAGUGGAAUUGGAACUUUCAGCACCUCUUAAAACAGGGGCGCUAGUGAAGAUCGGGAACAAGAAUCUUUGGGUGGAAUUCAAAUAUGAACGUCUCCCUCAUUUCUGCUACUCGUGCGGUCGAAUUGGGCACUACGCAUCAUAUUGCGAGGAGAUACCAUAUGAAUCAACUAAUUGGGCAGCUAAUAAGGUUGGUCAAUAUGGACCUUGGCUCAAAGCAGAAGUAAGAGAUUGUAGCCCACACUGGAGAGUAUUCUACGGCAAGUAUGCUCCAAAUCAGGAAGAAGAAGAAUCAGUCCCUGAAACGCCCCUAAUGACAGUUAAUAUGGAGGUUGCUACUGGCACAGAAGCUGAAACAAAUACAACCCCUCGGAACAAAAAAAGGGUUGAUAGCCCAUCAUCAAAGGAAGGCAGAGAGGAAAGAGACACAAACACAACAGUAAAAGAGGGGCGUGGAAAACAAAUAUUGUACCUAGAAGGCCCAUCAAAACCUACAGGAGGAGAUGCAAAGAAAAUGCUGAAGCACCAACAGCAAAAAACAGAAAAGAAUUGCAUUCACUAG